AUGCCAGACUGUGCAGUAGCAGAUUGCUCCAUGCUGGAAUGUACAGUAGCAGAUUGCUCCAUGCUGGAAUGUGCAGUAGCAGAUUGCUCCAUGCUGGAAUGUGCAGUAGCAGAUUGCUCUGUGCUGGAAUGUACAGUAGGAUAUUGUUCCAUGCUGGAAUGUACAGUAGGAUAUUGUUCCAUGCUGGAAUGUGCAGUAGGAUAUUGUUCCUUGCUGAAAUGUGCAGUAGGAUAUUGUUCCUUGCUGGAAUGUGUAGUAGCAGAUUGCUCCAUGCUGGAAUGUGCAGUAGCAGAUUGCUCCAUGCUGGAAUGUGCAGUAGCAGAUUGUCCUAUACUGGAAUGUGCAGUAGCAGAUUGUUCCAUGCUGGAAUGUGCAGUAGGAUAUUGUUCCAUGCUGGAAUGUGCAGUAGGAUAUUGUUCCAUGCUGGAAUGUAUAGUAGCAGAUUGCACCAUGCUGGAAUGUGCAGUAACAGAUUGUUCCAUGCUGGAAUGUGCAGUAGCAGAUUGCACCAUACUGGAAUGUGCAGUAGCAGAUUGUGCGUGGAUGAAUUUCUGCAUGUAUGUUGAUUAA